CCGAGGAAGUGAUGCAGCUAAAAUUUUUAUAGUUAAAAUCCCUUAAAUGUUGUGCCAAACUGAUAUUUGAAACAGAAGCUAAAAAAUUUCUGAUCUAGCAAAUUAUAAUAACCAGUCUGAAGCAGUUAAAAUUCGGCAGCUAAUCCUCAGAUUCAACAGCGGUUAUUCACCUUUCAGACUUGGAAAGUAGUCGAUUGUUUAGAACUCCAACAGCGUGCUUGUAUUUCCGCAUCAGCUCACAGGAUACUAUAGACGCCCAGGAUGAAUUCCAAAUUCUACAGGAAUAAAGAACUGCUUUCUUUGAAUACUCAGCGUACACAUGAAAAACUUUUUAAUUUCUCGAAUAUUGUGAAAUUUAGCUUCAUCGUACAGAAAUCGUUAAUUCCCUUAGAUUUGGAAUUAUGCAAAUAUUGUUUGCAACGUGGCGAAAACAACAAGGAUACUCGCAGUUACUUCGAUCCUUUCCCUCCGAGACCGAAAAAUAUUUAUAUAAGCACAGAAGAAAGCUGCAGAAAAUAUUUUUGGGACGAUCGAAAAAUUUUGUACAAGCGUAAUUUAGAUAUAUCAAAUUGUUUUGAACAAAGUCUGAGAGCAAAUCUUCCGGAAUCAGCUUUGGAAUUGUACGGUACUUAUUUUAAUAAAAUAUCCAUAUCCAAGACAGUGGAUAGAUGCGUUUUGCAUAGCAUUAAAAUGCAUGCAUAUCAGAACACUGAUAGCAAAAUCAAAUUCAUAAAGUUGUUAUUGAAAUUGCGAAAAUUACAAGAUCCUUUCAUCGAAAAAUUUUGCAGUAAAUACGGGCUUGAAUUUCUACGAGAUUUACGUCAUAAAUCCAAUGACUCAAAUUUAGUGAAAGCUGUUUUAAAUAUGAUUGACUUUGAAGCUUGGAUGACAGAUAAUCAAGAUCCAGAAUUCCUGGAAGAUCUUUUGUUCCAUAUUCGUCGCAGCGAAUGCAAUUUAAACGAAGGAAUAGAGUACAAAAAAGAUUUCAUAAAUGAUUGUACAGUCAAAAAGAAGUUUUUGGAUGUUGAACCUUUUUUAAAGUAUAAAGAUAGUCCACAUUUUACUUCGGAGUCUUACAGGCAUCUCAAGACAAAAAUGCGUCGUCAUCUGAUGGGACAAGCAGUAAAAAAAGCAGAAUAUUACCUGGGCAGAAAAAGAAGCUUACUCCUGUUGCAAAUCCUCUGGUCCUUCUAUAAUCGGACCCAACCAUCAGCAUCUGUAGCUCUUCGCCUUAUCUGGGAUUCUGUACCCGAUGCAUAUAUAAGCCUGAAAGAGUUUGUCCUUAUUUUUGCAGCAUCUUUGUCUCCAAUUACAAUAAAUAUGAUCUACUCCUUUUACACUAAAGCAAUCUGUCAACGUUCUGAAUCUAACACCCCCCGGUCACUUCAGCAUUACUGCAAGAUCGCCAUACGAAGAGCUCUUGGUUCUAAGAAGUUAUGGUUACCAGAUGCUAUAAAGCAAAUAGGUUUCCCGCCCAAAGUUGAAGCAUUCUUAAAUCUUGAAAGAUCGAUCUAAAAAUAACCACAGUUUCACAUAGGGUUCUUUGGUAAAAUAUUUUAUAUGUUAAACGUCUCUUUGAUCUGUUAGAUAUCUAAUGUUUUUCAUAGUGCUUGGCAUUUCAAGUUGAUCGUAUAUAAUCAGAUAAUAGCCGCCUAAUUAUAAGAGAAUGAUAUAAUACGUGUUUUUAUGUGUCUCUGAGCUAUAUAAAGUAUACCAUGCAAUGAAACAGCUUUCAUUUUAAGUACCUGCAGGGAAUCCAUAAAUUAUUCACCUGAUAAAGAUUUGUGACAAAUAAUAUAGAAUAAGAGACAAGGGAGGAAACUUGUUGAAUUUUUUUAGCAAUUUAAAAGGAAAUUUAUAUUAAUAUACUUUAACAUGAGAACCAUUAUUUGAUUGGAAGAUAUUUUGUGUUCUCAAUCAAUUUAAACAAUUUUCUGCAAACGAUGCUAAACGUUUGCUUCCACAGUAGUUAUUUUUCUGACCAUUCGAUUCCUUAAUUCUUCAACACUGCCAACAUCUAUUGCAUAAAUUCGGUUUUUCAGGUACCCACAAGGAAAGAAGUCGAAUAGUGUAAUAACAAGGGAAUGUGAAGGCCCUGAAAGUAGACCAUCGACCCACUGAUCUGGAAAUGUUUUAUCAAAUAAAUCACGCACACAUCUCUUAGAUGCAAAAUAUAUUCGGGUUUUAGAAACUGUUUUAAUCAUCUUUUAAUAGAUUGUUCCGUUGGUGGAGGUUUAUUAAAUUCACAUCUGAUUCGCUUCUAGAACUGUUUCAGGAAAUUUCUUUUUCCAUAAUGAGAGAAUGCAUGUCGCUUUUUACGCUACAUGGUGCCGUUUUGUCUGUAAACAAACAAGUUUUCCAAUCGAUGUAAAUAAUUUUUUCAUACCUUGUAAAUUUAGGUUUCCAUUUCACUUUGUUAUCCGGUGAAUAAUUAAUGGACACCUUGUGAUUUCAUUAUAUAGAAUAUCAACAACUAUUUUUAAAAUCUGAUCAAAUAUAUCAAUUGCUUUUAAUUAUAAUAGUAUCACAUUUAAAUUUAUUAAACUGUGAUAUCAUUAAAUCUAUGAUACUGCACUUAGAUGACUGCGAUGAACUAAUUUGUUAUUUACUAUAAAUGAAUUUAUAAUAUAGUGUGUUUAGAAAUGUUAAGUUGUCCCAUUUGUAUUCUAAUUUCUUAGAAGGAUAGGUCAGUCAGUGAGGUUUUAUUGAGUAUUUUUAAACUGGACGUAAUGAUACAGGACUUAAAUGACUGCAAUGAACUUGAUUUAUAACUUACGAUAAAUGAAUCUAUAAUAUAGCAUGUUAAGAAAUGUUAAGCUGUCCCAUUUGUAUUCUGAUUUCUUACAAGAAUAGAUCUGUGAAUGAGGUUUUGGUAAACAUUAACGGAAAAAAAAUCCACGAAUGAAAUGCAUGCUGCUGUAUGAAUAGUUCUUCAGUGAGUCAGUUCAACUUGAGAAAUUUUCUAGAAGAAUUCCCCCAACCUAGCUACAUUUCUUCAGAAGUUGUGAUAAAUACUUAUUCGGUGCUUCUUUUCAAAUGUAAUAAUAAUCUUUGCUCACUGUAAUGCCAAAAAGAGUCGUACAAUGGCAAGUACAAGAAACAAGACACCUAAUAAAGAGUACAAAAUCGCUUUAUACGAUAAUUCUGAUUAUUUUUAUACAAUUCUGUUCAUUAUUUUUAUUAAUUUGUGCCAAGUGUUUGGGUUAUUAUAUGAAUAUUUUACAAUUGUAUCCCUUUUUUAUAAACGUUAACUAAUAUUUAAUUUCAGAAAUUCAUUAAGGAAACAUCCCACUGCAUUUCUGCUGAAAUAGCGAUGCCUACUUAUUUGGUGCUCCUUUGCAAAUGUGAUAAUGAUCUCAGCUCAUUGUAGCACUAAAAAUGGUCGUAUAUUUUCAAAAUGUAAUGAACAGACUCCUAAUACAUAGUACAAAUUUGUUUUUGUAUUUUAGCUCUGAUGUCUUUAUACAAUUCUACUCAUUUAUAUUCAUUGUUUUGAUUAUAUUAUAUCCUUCAUACUAUUAUUUUAUGUGCUUUUUUUUAUAAAUUCUUACUCACAUUUAUUAGUAACUGAAUAUAAUAUAUCA